AACACCUCAUUCUGCUUGGACACCAGCAACAUGACCUUAUUGCCAUUGUUGUUGUUCCUGGCCGCUGUUCUGCCCCCAUCCCUCCUUCAAGAUGACUGGGAAGAACAGAAUGAAGAUUUUGAGAAUUUGUCAACCUCUAGAGUUUCCGUUCAAGAACAGAUUGUAAACAAGCACAAUGAAUUGAGAAGGAUGGUUUCUCCCCCUGCCAGUGACUUACUAAAGAUGCAAUGGAGCAAUGAUGCCCAAGUGAACGCGCAGAGAUGGGCAAACCAGUGCUCUUUUCAUCACAGUCCUCGAGAAGACAGAAGAAUCAAUAUAGGAUGUGGUGAGAAUCUCUUCAUGUCAAGUUACCCAGCAUCAUGGUCUGCAGCAAUCCAAUCAUGGUAUGAUGAAUCCAAUGAUUUUGUCUUUGGUUCAGGCCCCAAAACAUCUGGUGCAGCAGUUGGACAUUAUACUCAGUUGGUAUGGAAUACAUCUUAUCUAAUUGGAUGUGGAGUUGCUGAGUGCCCUGGCCAAUCAUGGAGAUUCUACUAUGUUUGUCAGUAUUGUCCUCCUGGUAAUCUUGUCGCAAGGAUAUAUAACCCUUACACGAUAGGAGAACCAUGUGGCAGUUGUCCUAAUGACUGUGAAGAUGGACUGUGCACAAAUAGUUGUGGAUAUGAAGAUAAUUAUUCUAACUGUGAAGAUUUGAAGGCAUCACUAACUUGUAACCAUCCAAUUGUGAAAAAAGACUGCAAAGCUGCAUGCAACUGUGAAGGCAAAAUUCACUAAACUUCCUGUACACAUAAACAGGGCCAUGUGAAGAAAGGGCACCUCCUCUCCUUAGGUUUGUAACCUUCCACCAGGAAACUAUACAUAUAAGCACAUUCAAAUGAUCCCAAGCAGCAGAGAUUACUUUCUUCUACAUUGUCCCACUUAGCAGAAAUAAUUGAUCACCAAAUAUUUUAAAAUAACAAAUCAAUAAUACAUUCAGUGCUUGACUUCUGAAUUACGUGAAAAAUUUAUGGAGCUGAAUCAAGCCUAAGAUUAUAGAUUGCUUGUCUGUAUGACUAAUGUCACUGAAAUUAUUUCUUGAAAAUAAGAAUCAGAUUCCCAGAGCACAAUGAAGUAAAAAACAGCACGUACUUCCAAUAUAACUGUCAGUCAUAUUUCCUAGUUAACUCUCUCCAUAAACAAAUCUACAUUAGCUUUUUUUAAAUUUUCUUCUCAGCAUUCACUCUUCUGCACAUUCCUCAGAACUAGUGGUUCAAAUUCUAAACUUCAAUUUGCAUUUAGUUGUUGGGUUUUCCAAGUACCUUAUUAAAAUGUAAGUUAAUGAA